CCUGCCGGAAGUGGCGUAGCGGCAGGGAGGGGUUCUUCACCCGGUCGGGCAGCUGAAGCACGGCGCUCGGGUUACCCCUGCAGCGACGCCCCCUGGUCCCACCGAUACCACUGCUGCUCCCGCCUCUUCGCUCCUCGGCCGCGCAAUGGGCACCCGCGACGACGAGUACGACUACCUCUUCAAAGUUGUCCUUAUUGGAGAUUCUGGUGUGGGAAAGAGUAAUCUCCUGUCUCGAUUUACUCGAAAUGAGUUUAAUCUUGAAAGCAAGAGCACCAUUGGAGUAGAGUUUGCAACAAGAAGCAUCCAGGUUGACGGAAAAACAAUAAAGGCACAAAUAUGGGACACAGCAGGACAAGAGCGAUACCGAGCUAUAACAUCAGCAUACUAUCGUGGAGCUGUAGGUGCCUUAUUGGUUUAUGACAUUGCUAAACAUCUCACAUACGAAAAUGUAGAGCGAUGGCUGAAAGAACUGAGAGAUCAUGCUGAUAGUAACAUCGUUAUCAUGCUUGUGGGCAAUAAGAGUGAUUUGCGUCACCUCAGGGCAGUUCCUACAGAUGAAGCAAGAGCUUUUGCAGAAAAGAAUGGUUUGUCAUUCAUUGAGACAUCUGCUCUAGACUCUACAAAUGUAGAAGCUGCUUUUCAGACAAUCUUGACAGAGAUAUACCGCAUUGUUUCCCAGAAGCAAAUGUCAGACAGACGUGAAAACGACAUGUCUCCAAGCAACAAUGUGGUUCCUAUUCACGUUCCACCAACCACUGAAAACAAGCCAAAGGUGCAGUGCUGUCAGAACAUAUAAGGCGUUUCUCUUCUCCCCUAGAAGGCUGUGUAUAGUCCAAUUCCCAGGUCUGAGAUUUAAAUAUAUUUGUAAUUCUUGUGGUCACUUUUGUGUUUUAUUACUUCCUCAUACUUACAGAUUUUUCCAUGUCUUAAGUCUUUUGAUUUUAGCUUUAUAAAAUCAUCCACUUGUCCCGAAUGACUGCAGCUUUUUUUUGUGCUAUGGCUUCACUAGCCUUAGUUUAAUAAACUGAAUGUUUGGAUUCCUCAAUUAUUGUUUACUUUUCAUCAUGGAAGCUGUCACUGUAGGACAUAAUAUAAACUUGAUCCCUUGAAGCUCAGGCCUAUUGGUCUUGACUAAAUCAAACUAAGAAGACUAGAAAUAAGCUAUUAUUUUGCCACAGAGCAGCGUAUAAAUUAAUACACUCUUCUCUCAGUGCAGUGUAUAUUUCCAUAAAUCGAAGAAUUGCCCUAUAAACAUAGCAGAAUUUUGAGAGCUUGAAAAUUUUCCAUUAUUCUGGAAGUCAAUUUCUAAAAUGCCUUAAUAGGGUUAUGUAGUUUAGUAAAUUUUGUUUUUUAAUUUUUGUAAACAUCAAAGUUGAUUAGAUGGGGGGCACUUUUUUCUGGACAAGAAUUAUCUUAAUAAACAUAAAAGACUGAUGAUUUCAGUAGCAGUAUGGUUAUGGGGCCAUAUGUUGAACAAUGCUGCCUGGCAGGCUGGGAAUUGGAGAGACUGGUGGAGUUCCAUCUGAGGUGCCUCUGUUACAUUGAUCAGGCAGCCCAAGUCAUUUAACUUACCUAAUUUCCCAGCAGUAGAUUGUGUGGCAUUUUAUUGCUCAGGCAAUAACUGGUUUAAUGCUCUUAGUAUCAGAUUGUGAAGUGUUAAUUUUGUCUUAAAACCUUCCAGUAAGUGAAAUGCAACCUAGUUUUCUCACCAUAUCCACCAGCAGGCAUGGAUAAUUGUUUUAACAGUGCUGAUUUUUGAGUUUUGUGGUAUGUUAUGGAAUAUAGUCCAGUUAAGUAUUUGGUUUCAGUAUGUCUGAAGAAUACAAUGAGAGGUUAAUUUCUGCUCAAGUAAUACCACUUAAAGGCAUGUAUUCUUUUAGUACAUAAGAUGAAAUAGUACCUUGAGUUUAAAUAGAGUGCAUUUAGGCAUUGUACAAACCUGAAAGUUUUCUUCCACUACAUUAUUGAAAUCAUUGGAGCAACUCAUUUCUCAUUCAGAAAUGUGCACACUAAUAUUUAGUUUUAUUUUCUUGUGGAUAAUAUUAAGCACUUAACUCUGCAGUGUUCUGAAAGUUGUGUCAACUGAAGUGAUACUAUUCAGGAUGAUGGAAUAUCCCCAAAAUAUACAUAUGUGUGUGGGCUUGCAUAGAUUACUAUGUUUCAUAGUUAAUCUUCUGUCUUUUGCGGUGCUCAUGACGUGUGGGGUGCACGCACGGAAGGCAUUGCUGUGGUUCGUCAUUUGAGUUUUCUUCUGUAGCCAUUUUAUUAUUUUAGUAUAUUGGUUAUGAAGAUACUAUUAUCUGUUUGUAAAUCACUACUUUGUAUUUUAUGCAUGCUCUGUAACUUAAUUUUUUUUUUAGUUACUGAUUUGGAAUAUAUUCACGUUCUAAUAAACAGUUAUAGGGGGACUGUU